AAUAUGCGGGAAAAAAAGUUCCCCCGCGUACUGGAAAAAGUAUUUUAGCUGACAAGCUUUGUAAUUGUUUAAAAAGGCUGGCUCCCGUCCAUUUCUUCCCCUUUCUGUUUUUCUCUCUUUCCUUCCCCUAAACGCAACAUACACAUACACAUAUACACACAAGCACCGCAUGACUCCUUUUACACAUCUCUUCAUAUCUAAAAGCAGAAAGGUAAACUUUGAAUUAUCGCUUAUAUUGAGAGACCUCGUAAAUGUUCCACUGGUGAGUGGAUACUAUUUUGUAAACUGGAAAUUAAAGAACGCUACGCACACAACAGGGUCAACAGCAAGAAUUCCAAUUAAAGAUCACCAAGUAACAUGGAAUCAUCCCAUCAACACAAUGGUACAACUCGUUGUAAAUAAACAGCAAAUACUCGGCAAUUGUGAAUUAAAGCUCGAAAUAUAUCAAAAAGGCGGUAAAGAAAUAGGGUCACUCUUAAUAAAUUUGUCUGAAUAUGCUGGCUCAGGAGUAACAACCGAACGUUAUUUGUUACAAAAUUGUAAAUUUAAUUCGACGAUAAAGCUAUCGUUGCGGUUGAAUAUAAAAGCCGAUCCCGUCAAUAACGUCAUCACACAAUUUCAAAAUCCUCCUCUAUCAAGACAGCAAAUAUUUAAAGAUAUACCCACUAUUGUGCGUCAGACAUCAAAGUCAUCACCACCGCCUUUAAUAAGAAGAUCGGAGUCUGCCAUGUCAUUGCCAAAAUACUGUAAAAUAAACACUACUUCACAAGAUCCUUCACCCGCAGACCUGGUGGAACAAUUGUUUGCAGCAAAACAGCUUCAUAUCACUGCCUGAUUUAAUUUUCAUUGGCCGACAAUAAAAGCGUCACAAACGAAUUUUUUUUUUUUCAUGUCCCUCUUCACGCUACGCAGCCCUUUCACUACAUCUUUUUUAUUUUUUUUUUAUUUUCUUAAUUAUAACAUUCAUUGACUCUCUUUUUUAAAUUCUUG